CCAGUCAGUCGGGUGCAAGAGCCCCGCGCGGAGCCGGCGCGCGCUCGGCCAGCGGCGCGCCGCCGCCCGGGGGCUGGCUCGGGGCUGCGGGCGGAGAGGCGGCGAGCGGGACGCGUGCGGCCACAGCCACGGCCACGGCGGGUGCCGGCGGCUCGGGUCCGAGCAAGGGCGGCGCAGCGCCGGCACGGAGGGCGGAUUUUGGCUCCGAGGGCGCGCCCUCCGCUCCCUCUCACAGCAGCGCCGGACGCCGACUGAGGCGGGCGGCAGGGGCGGAGGACCCGGCGCCUCUCCCUGGCGGCGCCGCCGCUGGAGUCCGGACUUGUGCCACCGCCGGCACUUUCGGGGUCUGCCUGUGUGUCUGGCUGUUUACGCGGCUCUUCUCCCCGCCUCGCAGCCGAGGCUCCCGCCCGCCCUUCGCCCUCGCGCGCCCACCGCCGCCGCCGGCGAGCGGCCCGGCGCGCACGCCGCGACAUGAGGAGACUUGGGACUUGCCUGGCCACUUUGGCCGGACUUUUGCUAACUGCGGCAGGGGAGGCGUUUUCAGGUGGUUGCCUCUUUGAUGAGCCCUAUAACACGUGUGGAUAUAGUCAAGCUGAAGAUGAUGACUUCAACUGGGAACAGGUGAACACCUUGACCAAACCAACUUCUGAUCCAUGGAUGCCAUCAGGCUCUUUCAUGUUGGUGAACACAUCUGGGAGACCUGAGGGGCAGAGAGCCCACCUCCUCUUACCUCAGCUUAAAGAAAAUGAUACCCACUGCAUUGAUUUUCACUAUUUUGUAUCCAGCAAGAGUAAUUCUGCUCCUGGGAUACUCAGUGUCUACGUGAAGGUCAAUAAUGGGCCUUUGGGGAAUCCUAUCUGGAAUAUAUCUGGAGACCCGACGCGAACAUGGAACAGGGCAGAACUGGCCAUUAGUACUUUUUGGCCUAACUUUUACCAGGUGAUUUUUGAAGUUAUAACUUCUGGACAUCAAGGCUACCUCGCUAUCGAUGAAGUGAAGGUGUUAGGACAUCCAUGUACCAGAACUCCCCACUUCCUGCGGAUUCAGAAUGUGGAAGUCAAUGCCGGCCAGUUUGCCACCUUCCAGUGCAGUGCCAUCGGCAGGACCGUGGCAGGCGACAGGCUCUGGUUACAGGGCAUUGACGUCCGAGAUGCUCCUCUGAAGGAAAUCAAGGUGACUAAUUCCCGGCGAUUCAUAGCUUCAUUUAAUGUCGUGAACACAACAAAACGAGAUGCGGGAAAGUACCGCUGCAUGAUUCGAACCGAAGGAGGUGUUGGAGUAUCAAACUAUGCAGAACUGGUAGUUAAAGAACCACCUGUUCCCAUUGCCCCACCUCAGCUUGCCUCUGUAGGGGCGACCUACCUGUGGAUACAGCUCAACGCCAACUCCAUCAAUGGGGAUGGGCCCAUUGUCGCCCGAGAGGUAGAGUACUGCACAGCAAGUGGGAGCUGGAAUGACCGGCAGCCAGUGGAUUCCACGAGUUAUAAAAUUGGGCACCUUGACCCGGAUACAGAGUAUGAGAUCAGUGUGCUUCUCACCAGGCCCGGGGAGGGUGGUACUGGAUCUCCUGGGCCAGCUCUGAGAACAAGAACAAAGUGUGCCGAUCCCAUGCGUGGCCCAAGAAAACUGGAAGUAGUAGAAGUUAAAUCUCGUCAAAUCACUAUCCGCUGGGAGCCAUUUGGCUACAACGUAACUCGUUGCCAUAGUUAUAAUCUUACAGUUCACUACUGUUACCAAGUCGGAGGACAGGAACAAGUGCGGGAAGAAGUAAGCUGGGAUACAGAUAAUUCCCACCCCCAGCAUACAAUCACCAACCUCUCACCAUAUACCAACGUUAGUGUGAAACUCGUCCUCAUGAAUCCUGAGGGACGGAGGGAAAGUCAAGAACUCAUAGUACAGACAGAUGAAGAUCUGCCAGGUGCUGUUCCUACUGAAUCCAUCCAAGGAAGUGCCUUUGAGGAGAAGAUAUUUCUUCAGUGGCGAGAACCCAUUCAAACGUACGGUAUCAUCACUUUAUAUGAGAUCACCUACAAAGCAGUCAGUUCCUUUGACCCAGAAAUAGAUUUAUCCAAUCAAAGUGGAAGAGUUUCAAAACUGGGAAAUGAAACCCAUUUUCUAUUUUUUGGACUGUAUCCGGGAACCACAUACUCCUUUACCAUCCGAGCUAGCACAGCUAAGGGUUUUGGACCUCCAGCAACAAAUCAGUUCACCACCAAAAUAUCAGCACCCUCUAUGCCGGCUUAUGAACUUGAGACCCCUUUGAAUCAAACUGACAAUACAGUGACGGUCAUGCUGAAACCUGCACACAGCCGAGGCGCACCUGUCAGUGUCUACCAAAUAGUUGUCGAGGAAGAACGUCCUCGAAGAACUAAAAAGACAACAGAAAUCUUAAAGUGCUACCCAGUGCCGAUUCACUUCCAGAAUGCUUCGAUACUGAACUCCCAGUACUACUUUGCAGCCGAGUUCCCAGCCAACAGCCUCCAAGCUGCUCAGCCUUUUACUAUUGGUGAUAAUAAGACAUACAAUGGAUACUGGAACACGCCCCUUCUCCCCCAUAAGAGCUACAGGAUUUAUUUCCAAGCUGCUAGUAGAGCCAAUGGGGAAACCAAAAUAGACUGUGUCCGAGUAGCCACAAAAGGAGCUGCCACUCCAAAACCAGUCCCAGAACCCGAAAAACAAACAGACCAUACAGUUAAAAUUGCUGGAGUCAUUGCUGGCAUCUUGCUUUUCGUCAUUAUAUUCCUUGGAGUUGUGUUGGUGAUGAAGAAAAGGAAACUAGCCAAGAAGCGGAAGGAGACGAUGAGCAGCACCCGCCAGGAGAUGACUGUGAUGGUGAACUCGAUGGACAAGAGCUAUGCCGAGCAAGGCACAAACUGCGACGAGGCGUUCUCAUUCAUGGACACGCACAAUCUGAACGGGAGAUCUGUGUCUUCACCAUCAUCUUUUACAAUGAAAACAAAUACUCUGAGCACAUCGGUGCCGAACUCCUAUUACCCAGACCCAUUUGUGCCAACUGCAAUUUUAGACGAGACCCAUACGAUGGCCAGUGACACCAGCAGCUUGGUGCAGUCCCACACUUACAAGAAGCGCGAGCCAGCCGACGUGCCCUACCAGACGGGGCAGCUUCACCCCGCCAUCCGGGUGGCGGACCUGCUCCAACACAUCACGCAGAUGAAGUGUGCUGAGGGCUACGGCUUCAAGGAAGAGUACGAGAGCUUCUUUGAAGGGCAGUCUGCACCAUGGGACUCUGCUAAGAAGGAUGAGAACAGAAUGAAGAACAGAUACGGGAACAUCAUUGCGUAUGAUCAUUCCCGGGUGAGGCUGCAAACGAUAGAAGGAGACACCAACUCAGACUAUAUCAAUGGAAAUUAUAUCGAUGGUUAUCAUCGACCCAAUCAUUAUAUUGCUACUCAAGGACCAAUGCAAGAAACCAUCUAUGACUUCUGGAGGAUGGUGUGGCACGAAAACACCGCAAGCAUAAUAAUGGUGACCAACCUCGUGGAGGUGGGGCGGGUCAAAUGCUGCAAAUACUGGCCAGAUGACACAGAGAUAUAUAAAGACAUUAAAGUUACCCUAAUAGAAACAGAACUACUGGCAGAAUAUGUGAUAAGAACAUUUGCUGUUGAAAAGGGAGGGGCCGGAAGUGAAGCAAACUGCAGCCCAUCCAGAGAAGUGUCACAGAGAGGCGUUCAUGAAAUCCGAGAGAUCAGACAGUUCCACUUCACCGGCUGGCCGGAUCACGGGGUCCCUUACCAUGCCACGGGGCUGCUGGGAUUCGUCCGGCAGGUCAAAUCCAAGAGCCCGCCCAGUGCAGGCCCGUUGGUGGUGCACUGCAGUGCCGGUGCCGGGAGGACAGGCUGUUUCAUCGUCAUCGAUAUCAUGCUGGACAUGGCGGACAGGGAAGGGGUGGUAGACAUCUAUAACUGUGUCAGGGAGCUGCGCUCGCGGAGAGUGAACAUGGUGCAGACUGAGGAGCAAUAUGUGUUUAUCCACGAUGCCAUCCUAGAAGCCUGUCUUUGUGGAGACACCUCCAUCCCUGCUUCCCAAGUUAGGUCUCUGUAUUAUGACAUGAAUAAACUGGAUCCACAGACGAAUUCAAGCCAGAUUAAAGAGGAAUUCCGGACCCUGAACAUGGUAACACCGACCCUGCGCGUGGAGGACUGCAGCAUCGCGCUUCUGCCCCGGAACCAUGAGAAGAACCGGUGCAUGGAUAUCCUGCCGCCAGACCGCUGCCUGCCCUUCCUCAUCACCAUCGACGGGGAGAGCAGCAACUACAUCAACGCCGCCCUCAUGGACAGCUAUAAACAGCCUUCAGCUUUCAUAGUCACCCAGCAUCCUUUGCCAAACACGGUGAAAGACUUCUGGAGACUAGUGCUGGAUUAUCACUGCACGUCUGUCGUGAUGCUGAACGACGUGGAUCCUGCCCAGUUGUGUCCGCAGUACUGGCCAGAGAAUGGAGUACACAGACACGGCCCUAUCCAAGUGGAAUUUGUUUCUGCUGAUUUAGAAGAAGACAUCAUCAGCAGGAUAUUCCGCAUUUAUAAUGCAGCCAGACCCCAAGAUGGAUAUCGGAUGGUGCAGCAAUUCCAGUUCCUGGGCUGGCCGAUGUACAGGGACACACCGGUGUCCAAGCGCUCCUUCCUGAAGCUCAUUCGCCAGGUGGACAAGUGGCAGGAAGAAUACAACGGCGGUGAAGGCCGCACAGUUGUGCACUGCUUGAACGGGGGAGGCCGCAGUGGGACAUUCUGUGCCAUCAGCAUUGUCUGCGAGAUGCUCCGGCACCAGAGGACGGUCGAUGUUUUCCACGCGGUGAAGACGCUGAGGAACAACAAGCCCAACAUGGUGGACCUCCUGGUGGGAAGAGAGCCUUACAGUUGCUCAACCCCUCCAUCCCAGACCCUGGCUGCUGCCAGGUGGCCGACGGUGGCAUCCUCAAGCCCUGUGUCCCUCUGCUCAGUUCAGAUGCCACACCCAGGUGAGCAUCCAUCAGCACGCUGCAUAAACACAGGUGCAGAAUGCCCUCCCCUAACACAGGGCUUGCUCAGGCCAAGCUAUGAUCUAAGAAAGGUGUGCUCAAGGAAAAUGAAUUCACUGCCUGGUCCAGAACUGGGAUGUGACUCCCAGAGGGAUCAAAUACUUCCCCUCUAUGCCUUUCCUUAUCCUGAUGCGUCUCCCUGGAAGACCUGUUCAAUCCCAGGUAGGAGGACCAUAUACGUCAUCAUUAAACUGGAAUGCUUUUGAGAGUGAAAGAGGAUGCUACUAACAAUCACACCAGGACAAUAGGCGUAAAUCAGGACUGUCCUGGGCACCCAAGGCGUGUAACCACCGACCCCAGCUCCAUGCCUUCAUUCUCUCUCCUGUUGCCUGCUACCUCUUUGCAGAUCUUCCCUGACAAGUUCUGCUCUCUUCCCUACUGACCCCUGAUAGAGGACCUCUGUGGCCGCACUGGUCUCUGCCUUGGGCGUUGUCAUUGGGUUCCCAUCUCAUCCCCCUUGGACCGUGGACUUCUCAAAGUCAGGGAAGCCAGGUCAAGGUGCUUGGUACUUAAGAGGUGCUUAAUAAAUUCUCAUAAAAUGUAGGAAAUCCUGCUGACUGAAAAGCAAAGGUAAAGCUGAGCCAGGAGUGAAGCCACGUUUAUUUAUCGAGGGCCUUAUAUGAGCAAGUCACGAACGCAUUUCCUCCAGCCUCAUUCUCUCUCCUUGUACCUCUUGAUUUCCCUAUACUUUGUGCUUAGGAUGUUGAUGUACGUGGACAAACAUAUAUAUGUGUUUCAGUUGUCUAGAACAUCGCAGGAAUUCUAAUGAGCAUGGAUAGCAAAAUGCCUUUCAUCAGGCCUGGUGGGGAACAGCUACAAACAGCCCGGGUGUUUGUGGUUCAGAACUGCCACUUCCGAGUCAUUUCUGAUUCAAAUCCUUAGCAGUUUGAUUUCUUCCAAUUAAAACCUAAUCUGGUGUAACUGCUUUA